CGUCCCUUCGAGUUAGUAUUAUACAUAUCACACGUAUAGUGAAUCUACAGUAUUAUAACGGUGUCUCUAGUAAGCACAAAGUUUUCAAGAUGACCAAAGACGAUCUUUUAUUUCAAGACUUUUUACUGUCUUACUUGGAAUUCGCUUAUUUUCCAAAUCUGUUGUUCUGGAAGAACCGCAACGAAGGUAUAUUUGGAAUUAAAUGGAUUAACAUGAAGUCAAGAUUGUCCAAGGAAGAGGAUUUCGUGUUGUUCAUUGAAUGGGACAAAAAGGCCAUUAUGACCCAAAAAAUCCAAAAUAUUUCACUGGCGCAAAGGAUCGAUUUCGGAGUAAUCUUUACAAGAUGAUAACUGAUAAAAAACUGAAACUAGAGAAAAAAGGAAACACCAACACAAAUGAAUGUCGUUUUUACAGAAUUAUUGAUCAAGAGCUGUUAAAUUCGGUUUCUAUCAGCAAUGCCACUGCAUUAGACCAGAACUUAACUACUAAAAUUAUUACAGAACAAAGGAACGUUUCAGUAGCUUCUCCGUCGGUUCUCAACCAAAAUGAAGAAAUAUGUAUUUCAUCAGAUAGUGUUUUAAUUAUAAUUAUGCAAGAAAGCGUUGUGGACACCGUGCCCUCAGAACCUGAUGUUGACGUUUCCGAAGAGUUCAUGUCACAAUACAAAACGGGCACUGGGAAGGAUUCACAGAAUAAAAACACGAUUUCUAAAGAAGAGGUAAAUUUUGAACAAGUGCAAACCAUCGUCAUGGACCACCAGUCUCCAAAUCAAGACUGUGGACUGGGAAAAGACAUUACUGAAAAAAACUACACCACACAAAGCAAGGAAUUUGAAGAAUUAGAUCUAAUAUGCAACACUUUGGAUUAUAGAGAUCUUUUCUCGGAGGUGGAAGAAAACUUUGUAAAUUAUCUAAAUAAUCCCAGCAUUCUGGAACCUUCUCAAGUAAAAAACAGGCCCGUACUAGAAAACCAACUCGAUUUCAAUGUUUUAGGUCCUGAUACCGAGUCGCUGUACAUAAUGCAGCCAAGUGCAUCUUCUGAACCAGAAAUGAUUGAUAACAAUUAUUUUCGUGGGAUAGAUUUUUUAGAAGAUUCUGCCAAUUUUGAGCUUAUCUCCCAGUGCGACUGCGGUAAGUUGAGGGACUUACAACGCUAAAAUUCAGCGUUCAAUAUCCCUUGGUGGAUACAGCGGAUAACCCAAUAUGGCUUUGUUCUAAAACAAACAAGUAAGCAUAGACUUUUUAAAGUUUACCUAGUUUUUUUUGUUGUUGUUAAAAAUCAGCAGAGAGUUAUAUUUUGAAAUUCAAUAAUAAUCAAUGACAAAAGUGUAACUCGUAUAAAAGUGAUUUGUCUUUCGGUAUUCAAAAUAAGGCCUAACAUUGUAAUAGAACGUAAGAUUAUUAUUUCAAGGCUUAGCAUUGUAGUAGAACUGAAGAUUAUUAUUUCAAGGCUUAGCAUUGUAGUAGAACUAAAGAUUAUUAUUUUGAAGGCUUAGCAUUGUAGUAGAACUGAAGAUUAUUAUUUCAAGGCUUAGCAUUGUAGUAGAACUGAAGAUUAUUAUUUUGAAGGCUUAGCAUUGUAGUAGAACUGAAGAUUAUUAUUUCAAGGCUUAGCAUUGUAGUAGAACUGAAGAUUAUUAUUUCAAGGCUUAGCAUUGUAAUAGAACGUAAGAUUAUUAUUUCAAGGCUUAGCAUUGUAGUAGAACUGAAGAUUAACCAACUUAAUAAUAACUUUAGUUUAAGUUUUUCCUUGAAAAUGUUUUUUGUUAUGCUGUUAGCACUGUAGGGAUGUAUUUCUAGUCACGACCCGGCAUGGGCAGGUGGUUAGGGCGCUCGACUCGCAAUCUGCGAGUCGCGGACUUAAUCCCCCUCCCGCCAAACAUGCUCACGUUUUCAGCCAUGGGGGUGUUAUAAUGAGACGGUCAAUCCUACUAUUCGUUGGUAAAAGAGUAGCCCACGAAUUGGCGGUGGGCGGUGAUGACUAUCUGCCUUCCCUCUACUCUUUCACUGUUAAAUUAGGAACGGCUAGUGCAGAUAGCCCUCGUGUAGCUUUGCGCGAACUUCCAACCAAACCACCCACUCAGACUUUUGCCGAGAUGUAACACGUCUCCUAGUGGCUCAGCGGUAGACGUGAAGACUUAUAACUCUAUAAAUCAGGUUUUGAUACCCGUGGUGAGCACAAUACAGAUAAGCCAUUGUGUGGCUGUGUGCUUGACUACAAACAAAGUAAUACUUCCUACAAAUGGUUUCUCUCCUGACUUAUUUUGGUUGAAAGUAGCUAGAAUUGAUCUCUAGAAUUUAAAGUGUUUUAAAUUCUCUUUGCAUAUUUUGUGUGGUGAAAAUUAAUUCAAAUUAUUUUCUUUGCUAAUAUGAAUGCAUCAGUUGUUGGUUUAAAUGUUGAGAUGCUACGAUUUUAUUUUAUAUCUAAAAAUUCGAUGAUUCUUCCUUAAGUUUUUGAUAUUACUGUUAUAUAUGUGUCUGUAUUAGAGACUGUAAGUUUUAAAACACUUUUUUUUGCUGCUUUCAAUUAGCCAUUUAGUGUGUGUGUGUUAACAAUGUUAUCUUCCACUUGAUUUGCUAGGUUUUUAGAAUGCCAAUAAACACGGUAUUUUGUUUUUAUUGUCGUGGAACUUUGUAGAAUUAAUAACGAAAUUAAAGUUAUGUUACAGUUGAA